AUGGCUGAUUUGACUCAAGCCAGUUACGAGAAGAAUAAAGAAAUAGCAGAGUCCGAGUCAAUGGAAUCAUCAACGGAAGUACCUUUCGAAAGACUCGAAAAAUUCAUGAGAGAAGGUUUCCAGGCAAUGACCAAUUCCAUGGAUCUCUUAUCUCAAAGCGUACUUCAGACCGUUGAGAGAGGUCAUCUGAACACAACCCUACAAAGGAAUAAGACAAGGGCAUAUCUAGGUCACCUCUUCGAACUGGCCAUGCAGGCGGAACAAAACGAUAAAGUGGCCCAAAAGGAAGACGGGAGACUAUCAAAUAUCCAGACACCCUUGUUAAUAGAAGGAUACUCUUCAGGGCAGACAAGUGGACAUGCCCAGACGUCGCCUUCAGAAAUGGUGAUCAAAGAUUCUCCCAAGUCAUCUUAUCAGAUAGACCAACCCACAGGGUCUAAUAUCACUACAAUGGCACCGCAUGUGCCAAAGGUGAUUUCACCCCCCAAAGACAUUGCUAGUCAACAUUUCGCUCCGUUUGGAACACCAUCCAAAUACCAGGCCCCAAAAAUUGGCGAACCAGCUCUACCACUAGAGCCGGUCCGAAGGAAUAUGCAUGCUGAUAGAUGGCGAGAACCAGCAGGGUUGAAUGUACCUAUCGCCAACAAGAAUGGUAAUAACGGAGGCAACAGACGGGGAAGACAAAACAACGCACGGAUGCCCGAGCAAAUUCCAGAAUCCGAUGACGAAGAAGAUGCAGGGCAGGCUCCUCCAACCGGUGCUGAGCCUGCACCCAGAAAUCUUCCAGACAUGGACAUUCGUAAUGAAAUGGAAGCACUAAGGCAGCUCGUCUAUAAUGGUCCGGCCGGUAUUCGGAGACCACCCUGA